AUGACUCAGCCCUUACAUGCAAGGUUUGCAGCACGGGCUGUCAAGAAUCCCAUGAUUAUGGAGAAGGAGCAUCAACUCACGGAUUCCAAGCAUCAUGUUCUGGUAGCGGCUACAGGCUCAGUGGCGGCUAUUAAAUUGGUGUUAAUUGUCAAGGCCCUUUUAACUUACGACGGCGUCGACGUGCAAGUUAUCCUUACAGAUCCAGCUCGUAAUUUUGUGGAAACCGAGGCCCUCACGUCUCUUGGAGUCAAAGUGUAUACUAAUGCCGAUGAUUGGACUUGCUGGAAUGGCUUGGAUAGUCCUAUCACGCAUAUAGAAUUGCGUCGCUGGGCUCAUUUGUUAUUGAUUGCUCCCUUGAGUGCAAAUACAAUGGCUAAAGUCGCUAGUGGAAUUUGUGAUAAUCUCUUAACCUCUUUGGUAAGAGCCUGGGCAUUGCAUAAACCGAUCCUGCUUGCACCUGCCAUGAACACAAUGAUGUGGACCAACCCCAUUACCCAAGAACAUAUGGAGACCAUUGGCCGUAUUUACAAAAAUACAGAGAUUAUCUUGCCCAUUGAAAAAGUCCUUGCUUGCGGAGACAUCGGAAUGGGCGGCAUGGCUGAAUGGCGAAACAUUGUAUCCAAAGUUGCGGAACACUUGCGUCUUGAACAUAAGAAGGUAGUGCCCAAUGCCGUGAAAAACAUUGAAAACCAAGAUGAGGAAGAGUCUAGCGGUACCGAUAAUGAAGAAUCCAAUUACGAUGAUAAUGAUGAUCAAGACUCUAAAGGACAAGAUAGUGAAACCGAUGAAGCAGCUCCUUCUUACAUCGACGUUACUCCCAAAGCCUCCUCUUUGCCUUCUAGUAACUCUUCAUCCAUCCUAGAACCCCCUACUUCCCAGCCUUCUUCGACCAAGAAAGCGUCCGCCAAGUUUGUCGCUCCAAGCGUACAUUCGGAGCAGCUUGCUCAAUAUCAAUCGCCUCAUCAACCCGGUUUAUCCUCCGUUCGAGCUCCUCCCAAACCCAGUCAUGAAGAAAACCAAUAUCUCGAUUUGAUUCGUUAUGUUAUGCAGUACGGAAGGUCUCGCCCUGAUCGUACUGGUACUGGUACUCGUUCUGUGUUUGCCCCCCCUCAAUUGCGCUUUUCUUUGCGUAAUCAAACACUUCCUUUGUUAACGACUAAACGCGUCUUUUUGCGUGGUGUUUUGGAAGAACUUUUAUGGUUCAUCCGUGGUGAUACUGACGCAAAUCACUUAACUGAAAAGGGUAUACAUAUUUGGGAUGGAAAUGGAAGUAGAGAAUUUCUUGACCUGCUUGGUUUGCAUCACCGUAGAGCUGGUGACUUGGGUCCGGUUUAUGGUUUUCAAUGGAGGCACUUUGGUGCUGAAUAUGUUGGCUGUGAUGCCGAUUACACAGGCAAAGGUGUAGAUCAGCUCGCAAAGGUAAUCCACACAUUGAAAACAAACCCCUAUGAUCGUCGUAUAAUCAUGUCUGCCUGGAACCCUCUUGCAAUGCCCGAGAUGGCUUUACCCCCAUGCCAUAUCUUUUGCCAGUUUUAUGUGAAUGAACCAAGUAAACUUGGUGGAAAGCCAGAGUUAUCUUGUAUGAUGUAUCAACGCUCAGCUGAUAUGGGUCUUGGAGUUCCUUUUAAUAUUGCAUCUUAUUCUGUUUUGACCCAUAUGGUUGCGUAUAUGUGCGGAUAUGAAGCUACUGAAUUUAUACAUGUUAUGGGCGAUUGUCAUAUUUACAACGACCAUUUUGAGGCCCUUCAAACACAGUUGGUUCGCACUCCAAAAGCUUUUCCUACAUUGUCAUUUAGACGUGAUGCGAGUGACAUUGGAAAAAUUGAUCAAUUCGGUAUAGAAGAUUUUAUUAUUGAAGGAUACGAACCUUGGGGGCCUAUCAAGAUGAAGAUGAGUGUAUAA